CCCACAGUGGCGUGCAGCAGUAGGAGGGCAGUUGGCGCGUUUCGGGUGGCUCUGUGUUGUUCUCCAGCCCUCACUGCUCCUGCGGAGGAUGGCUAUUCGGCUGCAAUUUCCAGAUAACCAGUAGCAGUCUGUCAUCUGGUCAGGUGGAGAGCUGUGGUCCACUGUCUUAUGCCCCCUUCACUGCCUCCCAAACCCCUACAGGAAUGGAGAACAGUCAACCAGUGAACAUCACAGAUCCUGUUACACGCCGGAAGAAGAAGCGCAGAACUCGGGCCUCUGACAGUUUCACUGGCAAAUUUAGUGAUCUGUACAGGCUGACUGAUGAACUGCUGGGUCAGGGGGCUUAUGCUAAAGUCCAGGGAUGUGUGAGUUUACAGAAUGGCAAUGAGUAUGCUGUGAAGAUAAUCGAGAAGAACGCAGGUCACAGUCGCAGCCGGGUUUUUAGAGAGGUGGAGACACUCUACCAGUGCCAAGGAAAUAAGAAUAUUCUGGAACUCAUUCAGUUUUUUGAAGACGACAACUGUUUUUAUCUGGUUUUUGAGAAGUUACGUGGAGGUUCUAUUUUAACGCACAUCCAGAGUCGAAAAUACUUUGAUGAGAGAGAAGCUAGUCAUGUUGUCAGGGAUAUAGCAAACGCUCUUGACUUUUUACACAACAAAGGAAUCGCUCAUAGGGACCUCAAACCUGAGAACAUCCUGUGUGAAUAUACUGAUAAGGUGUCUCCUGUGAAGAUCUGCGAUUUUGACCUCGGCAGUGGAGUCAAGUUGAACAGCGCUUGUACCCCAAUAACCACCCCUGAGCUCACCACACCGUGUGGCUCGGCAGAGUACAUGGCUCCCGAGGUGGUUGAGGUCUUCAUGGAUGAGGCUUCGUUCUAUGAUAAGCGCUGUGACCUGUGGAGCCUCGGGGUCAUUCUCUACAUUCUCCUUAGCGGGAGCCCCCCCUUCACAGGCCACUGCGGCACCAACUGCGGCUGGGAACGAGGAGAGACGUGCCGUGCCUGUCAGAACAACUUGUUUGAGAGAAUUCAAGACGGAAAGUACGAAUGUAGGGAUGGAGUUUGGGCACAGAUCUCAGACGAUGCCAAAGAUUUGAUUUCACGGCUGCUAGUGCGAGACGCCACUUUACGGCUGAGUGCCGCUCAGGUCCUGAAGCACCCCUGGGUGCAAGGGAAUGCACCUGAAAGAGUUCUUUCAACACCUCGUGUUCUCCAAAGAAACUGGAGCACUAAAGACCUCACGCAGUUCGCGGCAGAAGCCAUCGCAUUCAACCGGCAACUAUCUCAGCAAGAAGAGGAGCAAGAGGACUUUGGGGCUGUUGUCUGCUCCAUGCGACUUUCACCCCCGUCUAACUCUAGAUUAGCACGUCGCCGAGCACAAUCUCAGGCACUACGCACCAAUACCUAACACGUGCUUGUGGCACAGGUGAUUGAAUGAUACAUGCACACUCAUUUAUGAUGCGUUACAAUGCUUCACAUAUAUAUAUAUAUAUACUGUAUAUAUAUAUAAUCUCUGCUGGGCAGCGUAGCCUCUAUGUAGCCAUACAACACACUAACUCGCACUAGUUAGCAAAUUAGUACCAACACACUAAUUUAUAGACAACACAAGUGCUGACUAGGAGCCAACUAACUAAAUAUGCACACAAAAAGAAAUAGUUUUGCAUUUAGUGUGCUGCAGGGUAAUGUUUGUCAUCCCUUUCCUGCUUCCAGAGUUUUGCGAUAUGUGUUUUAAGCAUCUGAAACGGUGAUAUUUAAAUAUUUAUUACAACAUAUUUAUGGCUGGAUGUGUUUCUCAGCUACAUAUAAAAAGGUACUUGGAUGUGAGGGAAUUUAUAGACUUUAAUUUUGAUGUUAUUACAUCAGUGAUGUUUUAAAUGAGCAUUUCCAUUUUUGUAGUUGUUUUUAAGUAUUUUAAAACCCACUUAAAAUGUAUAUUUCAGUUACUGUAAAGCACUGGACCUCUUGUUUUUGUAGCUCUUGGCUUUAUCUCAUUGUUAUUGUUGAGUUGGAGUCUAUGUGAGCUAUGCUUUCCGAUAGCAACAUACUUUGAAAGAUACUGUAUUUAGCUUUAUUAAGGUGCUGAUGAAGUAUCACAUACAUUAGUUACUGUCAAUAUAAAAGGUUAGUCAAUAUUACACAGGAAUUAUUUUUUUCUUUUGGAAAAGUAUAUUUUUUAAUGUAUAUUUCAGUAUAAAAGUAUAUUGCUUCUCUUUUAUGAACGGUUUUAUUUUCUUUAGAGUGACACAAAAUAUUUUAUUGUAAAUGUGCAGUAUUUUUCUAGGAAUAAGGACAAUAGUAAGUUAGAGUAAGUUAUUAUUUUUUGUUUUGUAUUCACUGGAAAUUGUGCCAUAUUUGGGGGCAGAGCCUCUAAUGUGCUUUCCAACUGCAAAAAUAACUGCAGUUAAGUGAGCCUAUGUUUGCCUUUUGUAUUAUAACAUUUUAAAACGUGAUUUCUUCCUCAUCUUCUCUCAAAAUUCUAUUUGGUCAACAUUUUGUGCAUGCGUUUGGCUGUCUAUAUUAUGUAUGUGUAUUUUUGAGGAUGUGUUGGGAAACAUUUCAUAUACUGUAGGUGACACUGGACGGCGCUACCUCAUCUUUAUGGCUAUGCAGUACUCCGUGCUUGUAUGAUUUUACAGACGACUUUGUUCAGGAAUGAUAUCAAUGGAAGCGCCGUUUAACCCCAACAAAACUUUGGGAUUUAUUACAAAGCAGUGUUCAUUUCAUUGUUCCGGUUUUGAAAAAAAUAAAGCAGUUUGCACUCAAACAAGGA